CUGCUACUACUUCUCACAGUGAUGCAUCUCCAUAGUCAUGCAGCCCAUGGCAACAGCAAAUCUUCUCUACGCUGCAUUGCUUGUGCCAACGGUGCUGUACCUCGCCGUCACCCGGCGGCGCAGCCGCCGCUUGCCACCAGGACCGGUGGGGCUUCCUCUCGUUGGCAGCCUCCCAUUCAUCGACCCAAACUUGCACACCUACUUCGCUAGCCUCGCCGCGAAGCACGGGCCCAUCCUCUCCAUCCGCCUCGGUUCCAAGGUGGACAUCGUCGUCAAUUCCGCCCAGCUGGCCCGCGAGGUGCUCCGCGACCAGGACUCCGUCUUCGCCAACCGGGUCAUGCUGGAUGCCGGCGACGCCGUCUCCUUCGGCGGCGCACAGAAUAUCGUGGGCAACCCGCUCGGGCCUAUGUGGCGCCUGCUCCGCCGCGUCUGCGUCCAGGAGAUGAUGAGCCCCGCGGGGCUCGCCAGCGUGCACGGCCUCCGUCGGCGCGAGUUCAGGUCCACCCUCCGGUACCUCCACUCCAAGCCCGGCGAGCCGGUGGACGUCGGCGCGCAGAUGUUCCUGAACACCAUGAAUGUGAUCACGGGCACCAUGUGGGGGGGAACGAUCGGAAGCGAGAGCGAGAGGUCGGCGGUGGGGAGCGAGUUCAGGGGUCUCGUCGCAGAGGUCACCGAGCUCCUCGGAACGCCCAACGUCUCGGACUUGUUUCCGGUGCUGAAGCCGUUCGACCUGCAGGGUAUCCGGAGGAAGAUGGAGCGGCUCAGGUCGCGGUUCGACCUGUUGUUCACCAAGAUCAUACAGCAGCGGAUGAGAUCCCAGCAAGACGGGGGCGAGAUGACAACGGACUUCUUGGAGUGCUUGCUCAAGAUGGAAAAGGAAGGUAGCGACGGCAAAACAACCUUUACCAUGGACAACGUAAAGGGCUUCCUCUUGGAGAUGGUGGUCGGCGGGACGGACACCACGUCGAACAGUGUGGAAUGGAUUAUGGCGGAGUUGCUGCAGAACCCUCAGGUUCUGAACAAGGUGCAGCAAGAACUCGACAGCAUCGUGGGCCGGGACGCCGUCGUGGAGGAGUCCCACCUCCCGCAGCUCCACUACCUCCGCAUGGUGAUCAAGGAGACGCUCCGGCUGCACCCGCCGGUGCCCCUCUUGGUGCCGCACAGCCCGAGCGCCGCCGCGACGGUCGGCGGAUACCACGUCCCCGAGGGCUGCCGCGUGCUCAUCAACGUCUGGGCGAUCCAGCGGAACCCACUGGUCUGGAACAAGCCACUCGAUUUCAACCCGGAUAGGUUCGCCAGGGACGGCGGCCACAAGGGGGACUUCACCGGUAGCCAGCUGGACUACCUCCCGUUCGGGUCCGGCCGGAGGAUGUGCGCCGGGAUGGCCAUGGGGGAGAAGGUGAUGGUGUACUCGGUUGCCAUGCUGCUGCAGGCGUUCGACUGGAAGCUGCCGCAGGGCGUGCAGCUUGACCUGUCCGAGAAGUUUGGGAUCGUGAUGAAGAAGGCCACACCGCUGGUGGCAAUACCGACACCUAGGUUGUCUAAGCCUGAACUUUAUUAUUCGUGAGGUCACCUUACCUUAAAUAAUUCAGCUUAAGCAGAUCCAGGCCAGUGCAACAAAUUUUAUAAGGUGAUGGUGUACUAGCACGCAGGGGCGGAUCCAGAAAUAACUAAUAGGAGAGAUAAAACAAACUAUACAAAGCUAUAGCCCCCUCUUCUAAUGGAUGUAUGACAGAAAAUUUUAGUGGGGGCUUUACGAGGGCUCUCAUGGUUUCAACGUCAGUAGUGAAGGCUCGAGAUCCCAUAGCCCCUAUGGUAGAUCCGCCACCGCUAGCACGUGAUGUUUGUUGUGAAACCGCUAAGGCUUCAUAUGCGGGUGGGCCCAUAUGUCAUUUUUUUUUUGUGUAUAUUACUCUUAGAGAGAUAGGUUUGUACUGGCUCAUACUAAAUCUUUAUUAUGUAUAAGUAACCCAAAAGUCCCAGCGAAAGUGAAAAUAUUUAUUGCUGUCAAUCAAAACCUAUUAUAAUUUGAUACCAUCA